AUGUCCAUCGACCACAUCGGCCUCUACGUCCCCGCCUCAAUCUACAAGGAGACGGUAGACUGGUACCUCGCCGCCCUGGCCCCCAUCGGCUUCAAAAAGUUCAUCGAGCCGAACGAGUACGCUUGCGGCCUCGGCGUCCAGCGCCCCGAUUUCUGGAUCGCGUGUCACCAGGUCGACAAGGCGAAUAUCCCGCUCCACAUUGGCUUUAAGGCGGAUAACCGGAAAGUGAUUGACGAGUUCCACAAGGCUGCUCUUGCGGCGGGAGGAAAAGAUAAUGGGGCGCCUGGGUUGCGGCCGCAGUAUCAUCCCAACUACUACGGCGCGUUUGUGAUUGAUCCGUCUGGGAAUAAUGUCGAGGUUGUCUGCCACAUGCCGGAAGUGACGGAGUAG